CAGUGUGGAGGAAGCAUGGAGGUGUUACCCUGUUCCCGCGUGGCACAUAUUGAACGCACAAAGAAACCCUACAACAACGACAUUGAUUACUAUGCAAAGCGCAACGCCCUGCGGGCCGCUGAGGUCUGGAUGGAUGACUUCAAGUCCCAUGUUUACAUGGCGUGGAACAUCCCCAUGGCAAAUCCUGGAGUUGACUUUGGAGACGUUUCUGAAAGAAUAGCUCUACGACAGCGACUGCAGUGCCGGAGUUUUAAGUGGUACUUAGAGAACGUCUAUCCUGAAAUGAGGGUUUAUAAUAAUACAAUCACUUAUGGAGAGGUUCGUAACAGCAAAGCUAGUGGCUACUGUUUAGACCAGGGAGCUGAAGAGGAUGACAAAGCAAUCCUUUACCCAUGCCAUGGAAUGUCUUCUCAGCUUGUCCGCUACAGCUCCGAUGGUGUCCUGCAGCUGGGACCGCUGGGCUCCACGGCCUUCCUGCCCGAUUCCAAAUGCCUUGUUGAUGAUGGGAAGGGCAGGACACCGACCCUGAAGAAGUGUGAAGAUGUCCUGAGGCCAGCACAGAGGUUCUGGGAUUUCACACAGAAUGGUCCAAUCAUCAGCAGAGAUACUGGCCGUUGCCUAGAAGUGGAAGUGUCAAAGGAUGCAAAUUUUGGGCUCAGAUUAGUUGUACAAAGGUGCUCGGGGCAGAAAUGGAUGAUUAGAAACUGGAUAAAACAUGGCCGACACUGACUGCCGAGGCUCAGAAGCUGCCUCUCCUGCUGUUGUCCAUUGCUCAGUGUGCCAUAUUUUGCAAGGAGGCAUUUGUCUUAAAAUAAGUUAGUCUGAACUGGACUUGACUUGACUCUC